AUGACUCUAUUUCGUCAUACAAUCAACAAACCUCUCCGCUCCCUGUACCAUAAACCCAGCAAACCACUAUCUUUCAAGACUAUCUCCCCAACCUACCCACUAGAAGAAGAACGCAACCCACACUACAACCCCAAGAAAUACUCUCCCGCCCGAAUCGGAGAAACCAUCGGGAACAAAUACCGUAUCAUCUCCAAACUAGGAUGGGGUGCUAAUUCCACCGCGUGGUUAGCGAAGGAUAUAUCUCGCUGGCCCUGGCAAUCAACCAAAUACGUAACCUUGAAGAUCACGAACUGUGGCGAGGGGGAGAGGAAAGCCGCGGAGGAUGAGUUGAGAAUAUCGCAGCAUAUUUCCACUUUACGGUCUGAGCAUGAAGGUCGUGCGUAUGUUAGACUUGUUAAGGAUUCGUUUGAAGUACAAGGUAUCCUUGGAGAUCAUCUAUGUUUGGUCUUCGAGCCACUCAGAGAGCCACUUUGGGUUCUUGGACGACAUCUGGGAAGUACGAACGGGGUGCCUCCGCAGGUUCUGAAAGCUUUCUUGAGGACCGCAGACCUAAAAGCCGAUAACUUCCUCAUCGGAUUCGAAGAUGCCACUAUUAUCGACAACUAUGUCCGCCAACAAGAAGCUCAUCCCGCUCCCCAUGUACUCCGAAACGGACGUCCUAUUUACGAAUCUAGGAACGACUUCGGGCCACUGAGAAAAGGAGUAGGUAUGCUGAAGAUUUCCGACUUCAGUGCUGCCGUUUUCGGGAACGUACUGACUCCGCAUAAUCAUGACAUUCAGCCUCAACCAUUCUGCGCGCCUGAGGUUCUGUUGAAGGCUGGGUGGUCGUAUAGUGCGGAUAUUUGGAAUUUGGGGACUGUGCUUUGGGAACUUCUCGCUGAUGAGAUGCUAUUUGAUGGGUUGUGUGAACACCAAGGGAAAUAUUCCAGGGAUGUGCAUGUCGCGCAGAUGAUUAGGCUGCUGGGACCUCCUCCUUCACGGUUUUUGGAUAAAUGCGAUCCGUGUGUACGGGAUGGCUUGUUUUCAGCUCAGGGGACGUUCAAGUUCCCUGGGUUGAUUCCGUCGGAUGGAUUCAAUUUCUCGAAUAUGACGCCCUUUCUACAUGGGGAGGAUAGACGCUUGUUUAUUGGAUUUGUUCGUAGAAUGCUUCGGUGGGAUCCGGAGUGUCGGUCGAGUGCGAAGGAGCUCUAUGAUGAUCCUUGGCUUUGUUAUGAACCUUAG